AUGUUCGUCGGACUAUCGCGAGGUUUCGUUUCAAGGACUAGCAUCAGCGGCAUUGGCAACAGUACCGUGCGAGGUACGCACGGUGUCUGCAGGAGCGCCAGCUGGCGCUCUAGGAAGACCGCUUGGGGCGCGCGUGUGCGACCAGCCAGCGCCGCUGGCGUCUACGCGCAGGUGCCGCAACAGCCGCAGGGUAACCGCUUCGAUCCAGCCCUGAUCGUCGUACGCUACCUCGACCCAGUAUUUGGUUUUGGUCCAGAGACAGUUUUCAUCAUCGCUGAAGACCCGAGUACGCUGUAUGAGCUGGGCCAGCCACCUGACAGGUUUUCGCAGUGGAACGCUUCGCGAAAGAUUUACCGUGCCCGGCGCAUUGUCAGCUCAGCGCUGGCCCUGCUUCUGGGUUUGGUCUGGUGGCCACUAUCCAUCAUAGCCGCAGCUGCGUACAGUACGUUCACUGUGGUUGCGACUGUUAUUUUCGUAGUAGCGGCGCUCGUGUUCGGAUUUGUGUUCUGGGCGCUCGGUGAAGCUGAAAAUCGAAUCGAGCGGCUGAUGAGGUCUUGA